UUCACUCACUCACUCACUCUUUCUUUCUUUGUUAAAAAUUUUCGAAGUGCUGCAGAAACGGCGCGCGAUUCUUAUUUUUUUGUGCUGAUUUAAGCUGAAAAUGGUUUUUGCAGCGUGCUUCAUCACAGAAAUGCUAUACAAUUAGUUGAAUGAAAAUGGCUGCGGGUGCUAAUUGUUAUAAAGUGGAGAUCCUCCACUAUAUUAAUCCACAUUUGCUGUGGGUAGAAGUCGAAAACACGAAGUCUGAAGAUUUUAUUUUCGAGCAGAUUGGUGUUUAUGGUUUAACUCCUCAGGAAGUAACGAUAAGUGAGACAACAUUUAAUGUAGAGACGCGGGAAUGUGAGCAGUGGACUCCAGCGUCUUACCUUGUCAUGAGGGAAGUGUUUUCUGAUGCUCAAGAAAUAUGGUUUAGUCCAGUCCAUAUUGAUAGGAGGAACUCCAUCUUUGAUGACAACAUUCACAAGUACGGAGAAAUAAUAGUAAAAAAAAAGAAUGGAAAGCACAAAAGUCUGCAGCAACAACUGAUAAAAUCUGGUUUUGCUAUGUACGACACGGCCCUCUUUCAUCAGCAACUGAGUGCUGGCAAAUUGAAAACCAAAUUGAAUUCACAUCAAAAACGCGAUGUAAUCAAACAAUUAGAGAAACCAAAUGACAAGCCGAAAAAAGAAUGGGAGAAGGCAUUCAAGAAGAAAACAAGUAUCUAUCACAAAUCACAGAACUUAGAAUCAAUGUUGACGGUGGACAAUUUACGUCAACAUGAAAACAUCCAAGUAUUAUUGAGGAAUAAGCUGAAAGAUUUUGAAAGAUGUAAAGAUAUUGAUGAAGAGUCUAUGGGAAGAGCUGUUAGAAGGCAUACUUCUAAAUUCAAAGACGCAGAAGUACCAAUGCCAUCUAGCAAGAAAAAAUUGGAACUUCUUAAAACCAAAGCACAAGUGUCACCUUCAAACACUGAAAAGAUGCUACUGGCCACAAAGAAAUUUUUGGAACAAAAUGCUAUUGCAAGGAAAGCUCCAAGUGAAAGCUCAGAAAUCCAAGAGCCCGUUCACAUUGAAGAGGAAAAAAACAACAUAGCACCUAAAACCUCUAGUACAGAGAAUAAAUCUCAUUUUGGAAAUAAAUCAUCUAUAAUAAAGAAAUUGAUGGAAAAGAAAAGCAAUACUGAUGUUGAUAACACUGACUAUAGAGAGUCUGUCAUGCUUGAUAAUAAGAACAGAUUAGUGGAAGACUACACAGUAGCGUAUGAUGCAUUGCCCACUUCUGGGAGACCACCAAAAUUGAAGAAAAAGAGCAAGUCCCGGAAAAUUCCAGAAUUUGACGUUAAUAAUGAAAAGCGCAUCGCAUUCGGGCCUCCAGGUUUGGAUCGCCACAAACUAACCUUUAAAGUAGUUCCUAAGUCUGUAGUUGAUGAUGAUGACAAUUUAGAAAUUAAAGGCGUAGACAAUAUCGAAGUAUUGGAAACCCCGCCGUGUAAUGAUGUUUUCGGAGGUGUAGAUUCAGAGAUCAAUGUAGCAAUAACCAAUAAAGAUGGUCUUAUAAAAUGUCUCGAAGGUAUAACAUUUGUAGACAAGAAUAAUUUUUCUAAUAUUAAUAAUGACGUUGAAACCGAUCUCGUUCCCCAGAGACAUGAAGAAAAAUACCAUGAACAAGUAAAUUUUGAUAAUAACAUAGUUAACGAUAAUAUAUCGCAAACAGAUUCGUCCGUUGAGUCGAAAACUAUACUUCGUUCAAAAAUUUUGCUAAAGAAGUUGAAUUUGCACAUGGUAACAUCAAAAACUAGUGGCGAUUCGUUAUCUUCAUCGGAUAUUGCUAAAGAUUCCUCCACAAGCAUGGAAGAUUCGAAAGAAAACACUGUAGAUUCCGAUGACGAUAUUGAAGAUGUAUUAAAAAAGCUAAAUUUAGAAUAUCACGCUAACACAAGUCCCAAAAUAGUAUUGCCCAAAGAAGAUAUUAAAUUAACUCAUGUAGACAUUAAGAACAAUGUAAAUCCUUUUAAAAAUGUAGAUACAGUUUUCGUUGAUAAAUUGGUAACCCCAGUUUUAAUGGUUCACACGAAGACAAAUAAUCGCAUACAGCCGUGUAUGGAUUUGCGCGACGUACAUUUCAAUACUAAUAUACAUAUAGCUCUGACUAAUAUGUCAGUAAAACAACCUAAGAUGAUUCAAAGUGUUUCUUGGAAUACUAUUCUUAGAGGUUACAGUCUUUUUAUGAUAAGUCCUUUAGAUAGUGGUAAAACUAUGGGUUAUUUGCCUGCUGUGUGCCGCUUAGUGACUGAUUUUAAGUCUGAUUCUCUUGAUAAAGGCCCUAGUUGUAUUAUAGUAUGUGCCACAGCAAAAGCUGCAUCAGAAGUGGAGAGACUUAGCAAAAUGUUUUUAGGCUUGAAAGAAAAAGUUUUGACAUGCUACACGGGCAUGGAUGAACUACACAUAACCACAUCUUUGCUGAAUGGAUGUGAUUUACUUAUUUGUACACCUUCUAUACUGGUUCGAUUGAUGCAAUUGACAGAUUUCGGUGUCGACUUGCGUAGACUAGCAACUUUCGUUUUAGACGACUGCGAGAGGUUAUCAGAAGUUUACAUCAAUGAGGUCAAAUUCUUCUUGAUUAAAAUAAAAGAAAUGCUUAAAACGAGAGCUAAUAGGGAACUGAAAGUUCAGAUUGUUGCAGCGUCUAGGAUCUGGUGUGAUUUUAUGGGUCCGCUAGCGAAAAAGGCGCCAAAUUCCGUUGUUUGCAUUGGUGCUUUCCAAGAAUGCGUGCUAUAUUCUAAAGCUAACACAACAGUCAAUUUUGUCAAAAAUGAAAAUAAAAUAAACACAGUAAUGGAGUUUUUGAAACGUGUAGAUGGUAGUAAAAGAACUGUUAUAGUUUGUCGUGACGAUAAAGAAGUGGAUGUAUUAGAGAAAUGUCUUCUAAAACAGGGUAAAGUUGUUUUUGCUUGUAAUAACACGAUGACGGUACAAGAUUUAUAUGUUCAUAGCAAAAAUUGGGCAGAAUAUCAAGAGCCUUUGUUGGGUCCUGUUCUUGUUUGUUGUGAUAGUAAUUUGAUACAUUUAAACGUAACUAAUGCACACUAUCUCGUACAUUUUUCGCUACCACAACUUUUCUCUAUGUUUUGCAAAAGGUUUGCCGUUUUGAACGAUAAUUAUGCAUCAAUUUUCAAAGUGGACGAUGUAGGCGGGUCAAAUGUUAAAAUUCAAGUGUUGCUUGAAGACAGUAAUAUUGAGCAGCUACCGAAAAUAGUUAAUUUCAUCAAAAGAUGCACGGACGAUUUUCCACCAUUUUUGAAUGAUGUAUGCAACAAGAUUUUGGCUGAAAAGGACGAAAUAAAGGCUAAGAAUUGGGUUCCAGUCUGUGAUACUCUACUUGCUUUAGGUGAGUGUCCAGAUUUUUGGAACUGUCAAGAGCGACAUGCUAUAUUGAAACAAUACGAUGAGCCCAAAGUCUGGAUACCUAAAACAGGAAUAGUGACAUUUAAAAUACUACAUUAUCACUCUGCAGUUUUGUACUCAGCAAGAUUGUUGUCCAACAUUAUCAACGGUGUAGCCAUAAAAUACCCACAAACUUACAGCACGUUAUCAUUGAAAAUGGGCAUGUAUUACAGCAAAGAAUCGAACAAAAAACUGCACGGCAUCCCGAAAGUUGGCGACGUUUGCGCCGUUUCAGUAAAGUUGAAUUUCUUCGCGCGAUGCCAAGUAAUGAAGAUUUUAAACUACUACAAAAAUGGCAACCCUAAUUAUGUUCUGAUCAAAUUGAUAGACGAAGAGAAAUUUGAGCGCUGUAGCGAUGUAUACUUAUAUUAUUUGCCUGAUGAGUUGAAGAAUAUUGAAACGCACAUUGUUCGCGUUCUUCUUGCGAAUAUAAAGCCUAAAGACAAGGAUAUAACCUUUUCAGAUCUGGCUACAAGUCAAUUGAAAAAGAUAACCGAUAAACAAGACUUGUAUUUGAGGGGGACAGUUUCUCUAGCUAUCGGUAACUGUGUAUUAGUCGAUACAUUAGAAGCCUGUCAAGACCUCACUUCACUGAAUGAAACUGUAGUCAAUGAAAACUUCAGAAAUAUACUCUUAGAUAUACACGCGGUUCAAAAUCCAGAACAUAUACCAACACUUCAGAAGUUGUGUCGAGAAGGUAAAUUAGUAGUUGAUGAUGAUAAAAAAAAUAUUGAAGCAACUAAAUCUGUAAAAGAAAAGAUGAAACCUAAUUGGGCACAUCUAGCGCCAGAUAAUAUUCAAUCAGUGUUUUUCACAAGCGCCGAAACGCCAGACACAUUUUUCGUCAGACUGGUCAAAUUCGAAAGUUGUAUGAACAUUUUACUGAAAGAUAUUGACAAAUACGUAAAUGAAAAUCAAGAACCGUUGACGGAGGUUAAAAAUGGCGAUUUCGUUUUAGCUAAAUUCCCAGACGAUGGUGUGUAUGAAAGAGCGAGAAUUGAUGAAGUUUACGAAGGAAAGGUUAAAUGUUUCUUUGUUGACCAAGGUGACUGGAGAGACAUUUUGUCUAAAGAUCUACUUGAGAUUCCUGAAAAAUUCUUGUCUCAAAUGCCGUGUCAGGCUAUAGAAUGUCGUUUAGCCGGUGUGUUACCUGCUGGUGAGAGCUGGACUGAAUUUGGUACAAACUGGUUUGUUGAUACGUGCUUAGAAGAUUCCGACGGCAACAUGAAGCAAUUAUACAUUAAAUAUUUUACUAAAGAAAUCGCGACACACACAGAAGGUCAUAAAUACGGCGUAUAUCUGAUAGACACGUAUGGCGCUGAAGAUGUUGUGAUAAAUAAAUUGAUGAUUGAUAAAAAUUUAGCCCAGGUAAAUGUCGAAGAAGCGAAUUAUUUUGAAGAACUUGUUUCAAGUAAAACGGAAACAACCGAAGUUGUUAGUCACACAAAUGAAGAUGAAGUUUUAAGUAACAUAAAUGAAGAAGAAUGGGAGAAUAUAUCGAAUUCUGCGCUUCAAGAAGUAGAAGACGUGUCUGUUCUACCUCUUGAUAGCACUUUUCUUAAAAAGCCUAUCAGGUCUAUACCUUUAGUUCCAGAGGAUGAUGAUGAUGAUGAUUUUGACAAGUGGGACUUUUAUGGUUCGCCAGAAUUUUUAGAAAUGUUUAAUGGUUUGUUACCAACCUCAGCGGGCAACCGGGCAAAAGUUUCUGAAAUUAUAGAAGAAGAAAAAAAUAAAGUCCAAGAAAAUGCUGCAUCUAUGUCUAAAUCCGACAACGCAUUUACAAAAGAAAAUGAAAAUGACUCCUUAAAAGAAAAUAUAGAUAUUAAAGUUGACUCUACAAAACAAAGUAAAAAAGAAAUAGAAUUAUCAAAAGAAAAUGUUACACAGUCUGAUGUAGACCCAGUAGAAAAAAAUACAAAGGACUCCAAAGAAAAAAAUGUUAAUACCAUUAAAGAAAUAGCGACAACUGAAAAUAACGAAGAAAAACUAGUUACAAACAAAAUGAAUGCGGACAUUCUAGAUUCUGAUGAUUUAUCGUCCGCUGAUAGCGCUCUCUCUGCCAGAGUUGAAGUAAAUAAUGAAAUCAAAACGGCAAACUUGAAAGAUGAAUUGCGGAAACCGAAAUUAAUAUGGCGUCAACAUUAUUCCUCUGUGAUUAUUAAAAUUCAAUUGAUAGUUGAGACUUACGAUUUGGUAAUAGGAGACAGAUCGAUGAAAUUCGAAGCCUUUGCUAAUGAUACCAAAUACGGAUUUUAUUUUGAAUUGUACGGUGUUAUAGAUAAUAACAGUUAUUACCAUACAAAUAAAGGACAAUAUAUUUUAGUGAAUUUGACUAAGGCGCUAAAUAAAAGAUGGCUGAAUUUAACUAGGGAUGUAAGUCUUAAGAAGUGGAUUGUCUAUGAUGUAGACUCCAUAGACACUUCCUCGGACGAGGAAGCCGUAGACAAGGAAACUAUAGAGAAAGUUUUGAAAAAUAUGCAUGAUUCCGAAUCAGAUUCAGAUGACGAUUUUGUGGAUGACUCUAAAUUUUAAAACGUUUUAGCUUCGCGGAAACGCCCUUUGUUUUAAAUUACCAGUCUAUAAAAUUAAUCUAUGAAUAGUGGUUUUAUUUAGAUAGGUAUAUAUUUUCAGAUAAAAAAUAUCGAAAUAUAUUUUUGAUGUUUUACUAUUGAAUAAAUUCUUAUAUUAAUAUUAUUUAAGUGUGGAUAUUUUUAACGGCCUUGCCAUGCAUUUAUGCCAAAAUAUUGACUGAAAUUAAACGGCUCGAAUUUUUAUACAUAUCUGUGUACAAAGUAGGUACUUACUUGUUACUUACUUCAGUACUUAAAGUAGGUACACACUAUUAAUUGAUAUUUUUAGUCCGUAUUUACGACACUUCAUUUUUCUCAUAGUUUUUUUUAGUAUUUUAUCAUAUUUCAUGUUUUUGGCUUUCAAAUUAUCUAUUUUAUGUUAUAGCAAAUAAUACAACUUAUAUAUUGAUAUUAGAGUUGUAAUUCCAUUAACACCACACCACAGAUUUUAACUCUUCGCAGACGGCUCUGUAACUCAUAGCUAUAUAAAUAAAUUCACAACACUCAACGGCCAACCGUAAGCUUGUGCCGUGGGUCCUAUUGUACACAAAAUAUAUUGCAGCAGCGAUCAAAUAUAGAAAGACUAGCUUUUGCCAGCGGCUUCGCCCGCGUAUAUUUCUCACAGGAACAGUUAUUUUCCAGGAUGAAAUGUACCCUAUGUCCUUCUCCAUAUUUCAUUCUAUGUAUGCAAAAUUUCAAGAAGUUUGGUUGAGUACAUAGAGCGUGAAGAGGUAAUACAAACUUACUAUCGUAAUUAUUACGAGUAUAAUAUUACCUAAGUAGUUGGGAUUGGGAUAUCAACAAGGAGUGUAGAGUGCAAAGUGGACAAGAAAAAGUAGCAAAGCGAUUUUCGGAUGACCGGCGUUUUUCGGAUGACGGAGCAACCAUAUCAUCCUUGACUACAUCAAGCCAGCACUUCUUGUGUUUGCCUUCUGGCCGGGCCGGGCGGGAGCGGCAUGGCCAGACAUUUGUUACCUACGUAAUUUGCUGGUUUAUGGAAAACGUGGCCGUACCAGCGCUGGCGGUACUGGAAUUUACAAUGUAAUCUUUCGUUUCGCUUAUCGCGAAUUAGAAAUAUAGAAGAAGAAACGGGACAGAGCGCUAUCUUUUGUCCCUUAUUAGUGUACCGUUUAACAGUGCCUAUCUUGCCUCUUUGUAGUUCUAUAAGUAAUAAUAUUUCCCAUUCGGCUACGCUGGCACAUUCUGUUUAGUUUUCUUCGUCUAUGGGCCAUACAAAGUAACAUUUACAUUUAUAACUAAUAUAACAUGACACUUCUUAACAAAUAUCUACGAUUCAAAUGUCGGUCUCCGUUGCCUAAUGGUCAUCAUGCCGGACUGCUACACUGGAGGUCACGGGUUCGAUUCCCAAUCAGGUCAAUAUGGAAAAUGGUAUUUUUCACAAUGUUCUGGUUCUUGGAUGUUUACCUAUAUAUGUAUAGGUAAUAUAAUAUAGUAUCGUUGAGUUAGUAUUCCAUAACACAAAUCUCGAACUUACUUUGGGGCUAGCUCAAUCUGUGUGAUUUGUCCCUCCUUAUUUUUAAAUGUGUUAUUAUUUUGAUUUUAGUCUAGGCGCCUAAAGGCAUCUAACAGUACUUACGCCAUGUAAAGGCAAUAGAUAUCAGACUUUAAAGCUUUAUUUGUUGUUAUUAUUUCUAAAUGUUAGGUUAAGUAGGAAGUAUUAGUAUGAAGACACUAAAGGUCGGUUAAAUUAGGCUGCGGUAACCACUCGCUAUUAGCAGUUUGGAAGUCGGCAGUAGAAAUAGUUUUAAGUAAAAAAAAAUGUUAGUGUACAAUCUGUGAAGAAAGUGAAGAAAAUAAAUAAGGGAGCUCGCCUGGCAACACUGGGUUUAUUAGCCAAUCUUAACCGUUCUAUUUGGUGUUGCCAUUACAAAUAAUUUUAGUUCGUUAAAAAUCAGUUUUCGCUUUCUUGACAGGCUACUGUAUAUCGUUUGUUUAAUAAACACUUUUGAGUUUGAGUCGAGGCAUUUUUUCAGAAAUUAGACCUUCACAGGCACUGCUUCGCGCCAUAUUUUAUUCGUGGCUUUAUAUAUAUAUAUAUAUAUAUAUAUGAAGUCAUAUUUUAAGUGUAGUUUUUAAGAUUUUUAGUUUAUAAAUUUUAAAUGGUGCAUAAAGUUUUUGAUGGUCCAUGUGUGAAGAAUAUGACCAUAGGAAUCGACUAAAUGAAGCUAAGAGUGCUGUAUAGUCUAUACGUCAAUUAUAUGACCGCAACUUCUUUCGCGGGUAAAAAUCCGGCACGUACUAUUGUUAGUGCUGCCCUAAGCAAGGUUAUGUAGGUUACAUACCAAAUUUGUGCUCUCUGUGGCCAGUUAUUUUAAGUUCAAUUUAUUAAAAAAUUUGACCUUCACAGGCACUUUUUGUCCAUCAUUCAAAUGACACUUUUUCGCGUCAAAUGUCUGUCAGUCAGCUUACAAUAUUCCUAUAUAAGUGGUAAAAUUGUGCACCAUUGUUUUCUCUCUAUUAAAAUCUCAAUGGAUUUACUGGAAGAAAUUUCAUAUGAAAUAAGAAAAACAUUUGUACUUACUUUUCUAUAUACUGUCUCCCUUUCGGUUUCUUCAAAAAAGGCUGGACAUCAUUAUACAAUGUUUGCAUGCAAUGCAAAACAGUUUUGACGUGAAAUAAGGGCAAACAAACGCUCUUUCACAUUAAUAAUAUUAGUACGGAUUAGAACUUCUAUUCUCUUAUUAUUCCUAUCUUUAUGGUUAUAGCCAUAGAGUUUAUUACUUAUUUUUUUAAACUUUGAACAUAUAAUUACAUAAAUUAAAUCAUCCCGAAUUAUUUCGGAUAAAAAGUCGGAUACUGUGAGCGUAGUGUGCAGAAAUGCAUUCACCACCACAACUUCACACCGCAAAUACUCCUGAAACGUCAGUAAUAUUAAAUAAAAAAUGUUCGUGCUAACACCCUUUUAUAUAAUUUAUGUAGUUAUAUUUACUACUUGUCUCCGUGUUUAUACACUGUUGGGUCUGACGCAAAAUGAGAACUACGCAAAAAAAGCGCCAGUCUCAAAUUGUGAACCUGUUAACCGUAAGGAUUUACUAUGUAUUCAACUUCUUACAAAAUUGUUAUAUUUGGAUGUUUAUGAAAACAUGUCGUGAAUAAAAAUAUGUGUCCAAUAAAAAAGUAUUGUAUA